GGGAUGUUGCGCAUAGACGAUGUAACAUGACCCUGGCACCACAUAGGAUAGGUCCACUGAGUCCACUCUGCUUUAAAGCAUGCAGGCAACUGAAAUUGUUGCCUAUAUACAGAGACUUGGAUUGGAAAAAAAAUACCGAGUAACAUUUUUUUUCUUUUAACAAUACUAAUAUUCAACUGCAAGGGAAAAACUUAAUUAAACUUCAAAUAGUCAAAUUCAUAAAACAUAAGGUCUUAUUCUUUUUGGGUACCUGUAUAUUUUCAUUGAAAAUCAAAAUGGUUUCCCGAAUUUCAGAUGUUGAAAUUAAUCACCACGAGUUUGAAAAGAAGGUUCGAGAAUGUUGAAAACAUAACAACAGCCGAGCUUCACAACAACAUAAACAACAGCAACAACAUUCUUAUUAUAGAUACAAGAAACGAGGAAGAAUAUAGUGUGAGCAGACUUCCUGGUGCCAGGCAUCUUCAUUUUCAAGCAGAUACAGAGCAGAUUAGCAAAUUUAUACAAGAUCAUGUGAAAAACAAGGCAGACAACUCAGAAACUUUGUUGAUUUGUUAUUGUUCCUUAGGAUACAGAUCCUCUGUGUUCACUUACUGUUAG